CAGCCAGUGCCAGAGGCAGGCAAGAAGGUGCUCGGAGCUGUCUGCACAGAACACGAACUCUGGCAGCCAAGGGAGAGGGGACGGGGAGAGGCGAGGCUGGGAGCUUUCGUUCUUUCAAAGGUAGGAGAGCUGCUGGUGCCACGCUGUUGGGGAACCUGCCUGGCCAGCUGGACUUUUCCGCUGAGUGAUUGUCCCUCUGAGCUCUCCUUCUCUGCCAGGCAGCAGGUACUGAUUAAGCCUCCUUUAGAUCUACCUGAGGAUGUGAAUGACUUUGAAUCGUGCAGGAGGAAUUUAGCACAGCAGCCUCCCCCUCACCCUUGUACUCUUAGUUUUAUGAAACUGUCAGUCCUACACUCAGUGUGUUUCCUCUUGGAUAGAAACCAUGAGGGGCUCCCAGAGGAGUCUUCUCCCAUUAACUGUAGCUCUUUUUUGGUGGGUUGGUGAUUGCCAGAGAGACUUUGUUGGACAGCUGAAUCAAGGACGUACAUUCAGAAGUGAACCUGGGAAUAAAGAAACUGCUCGGCUGAGAUUCUGGAACCAGGGGAAUCUGGGAUCAACAAACAAAGUGCUCCAGCCACGCAGCUCCCCUGCAGCCAUGGGUCAUCUUCCUGUGACCCCUCAAACAGACGUAGUCCCCAAUGCCUGGAUGAGAAGCCUGGGAGGAAGGGAAAGCCGAAGGCCACCAUCUGUUCCCACAGACCACAGAUUCCCUGUUUCCACAAAUGGCAGGCCCCAAAACAACAACCCUGCAACAAAAUUUGAUGCUACAGGCAGAAGCCUGAGUUGGACACCACAGCAGAGACAAAGGAUGGACACCCCACACCAAUGGCCCCGAAAUAGCGUCAGAUCGCGGUCAGUGCCACAACCAAGAGUGCAAAUUUCCCGAGGCAGGAUGUUAGGGCCAAAUGUCUGUGGGGGACAGUGUUGCUCAGGAUGGACAACUGCUCCAGGGACAAACCGGUGCAUUAAACCUGUAUGUGACCCUCUGUGCCAGAACAAAGGAUCCUGCAGUCGUCCUCAGCUCUGCAUUUGCCGUUCCGGCUUCAGAGGCUCACGAUGUGAGGAAGUGGUUCCAGAACAAGAGUAUCAUCCCCCAGGCCUUGUGGCUGCCCCCCAGCCCCAAGCAGGCUCUCUUCUGAAAAGGACAGGCAGCACAGCAAGAGGGAGGCAACUGCCUGCCAUGCAGAAGUCACCAGUUGGAACUCAGAGCAGAAGUGGCUCCCUUGUUCCCUCUCAGCAGCACACAGGGCCCUCUCGCACAGUCAGACGCUAUCCAGCUGUUAGUAAUGGUCAGCUGACAUCCAAUGCGCUACCCAGUGGGAAUGGCUUUGAUCACAACAGUGUUGGGCCUCGCACAGCCUAUCAAGAGCCUUCUCCAUCUCUCUGGGGUGCCAAUCUGACAGAAAAAAUCCGAAAAAUAAAGAUUGUCUUCACCCCCACAAUCUGUAAACAGACCUGUCAAAAUGGCCGCUGCUACAACAGCUGUGAGAAAGGGGACACCACCACCCUGUACAGCCAGGGUGGGCAUGACCAUGAUCCCAAAUCUGGCUUCCGUAUCUAUUUCUGCCAGAUUCCCUGUCUAAAUGGGGGACGCUGUGUAGGCAGGGAUGAAUGCUGGUGCCCAUCUAACUCAACAGGGAAGUUUUGCCACCUGCCAGCAAUAAAACCAGAAAGAAAGCAAGUGGGGAGGUCUUCAAAUAGCCUGACGAGUAGCUCCAUUAAGCAUUCUAUGUAUACUCUUCCUCUAUCCAACCAACUUGCUUCAAUGCAUCCGUCCCUUGUGAAUGUGCACAUUAACCACCCUCCAGAAGCAGUAGUGCAGAUCCAUCAAGUGGCCCGAGUGAAGAGUGACUCAGAUCAGUCUGAAGAGAACAGUGUUGAAACUGUGUUGAUCUCUCAGCUUCCCACGAACCCCCAGUACACUGACAAUACCACCACCAGCAACAACAUAGCUGCAGAGAUCAACCAGCAGCAGAGGCCCCAGGGCCUCGUGGGGAAAUGUUAUCUGGAGACAGUACAUGGAAAGUGUGCUGAACCAUUGGCUGGUCUGACCAAAUAUGAGGAUUGUUGUGGCAGUGUGGGGGCCUUCUGGGGAAUUAGCAGAUGUAUCCCAUGUCCACUGAAACCAGCUCACCCAGUGAUUGAAAAUGGACAAGUUGAAUGCCCGCAAGGAUAUAAGAGACUGAAUCGGAGCCACUGCCAAGAUAUCAAUGAAUGUCUGAUGCAUGGCAUUUGUAAAGGUGCAGAAUGUGUGAACACCCGGGGGAGCUUCCUCUGCACUUGCAAAUCUGGCACUAUGCUGGAUCCGUCCCGCAGUCACUGUAUCUCGGAUAAAGCAGUUUCCACAGAGCAAGGGAUGUGCUUCCGUUCAGUAGCAGCAGGACUCUGUGACCUUCCACUUAAUCAGCGAAUCACUAAACAGAUUUGCUGCUGCAGUCGUGUUGGCAAAGCAUGGGGGGGAAAUUGUGAGAAGUGCCCAUUACCCGGCUCUGAAGCCUUUAGGGAGAUUUGCCCUGCAGGGCAUGGCUACACCUAUUCCAGCUCUGACAUACGAAUGUCCAUGAGAAAGGCAGAAGCAGAUGAGCUUCCACACAGUUCAGAGGAACAGGGGGGGAAAAGUGACGGGGUUCCGGAUUGGAUAACGAAGCAGCAACUGCAGGAGGUCUUGAUUGGUGCUGUCACUGAUACUCGGAAUGACCUCUCAAGAGGAAAGGGGGAAUCUCCUGAAGAUCAGGACCCAGAUAAUGUUACCCAAGAGCCUGACAGAGACCCAGUCUAUAUGGUAGAAAUUUCUCCUCAUUCUCCUGCCCAGCCAUUUCCAGGAAUUGUAGGGGAAGAUGCUGCUCCAAUUGAUGAACCAACCCUGUUCCCAGAAAUAAGUGUCUGCUCCUCUUCACCCAAUAUUUGUGGGCCUGGCACCUGUGUGAACCUUCCAGGAGGAUAUACCUGUCUUUGUUACCCUGGCUUCCAUCAGCAUCACAGUCAUACCUACUGCAUUGAUGUUGAUGAAUGCGAGAAAAAUCCAUGUUCUGGGAAUGGCCAUUGUGUCAACAAUCAGGGCUCCUAUUCCUGCCUCUGUUUCCCUGGAUACACUCUUCUUGCCACUCAAGACACACAGACAUGUCAAGAUCUAAAUGAAUGUAAGCAGCCUAAUUUGUGCCGUGGAGGGCAGUGUAUCAACACCCCAGGCUCUUACCAGUGUGAAUGCAAAACAGGCUACAUCCUAGGACACAGAGAAGAGUGUGAAGACGUUGAUGAGUGUGCAAACGCCAACGCCUGCCCUGGAGGACGCUGUAUCAAUUCUCAGGGCUCCUUUUCCUGUGUGUCUUGUAGUACAGGAUACAUUGCAUCAAGGGAUGGAAGAAUAUGUGAAGAUAUUGACGAAUGUGCCUCAUCCACGGCCUGCCCUCUGGGAAUCUGCACUAAUACACAAGGAUCCUUCACUUGCCAAGCCUGUGAUGUUGGCUAUGCACUCUCACCUGACAGGCUCACCUGUGAAGAUAUUAAUGAAUGUGAAGACCCAAAUACUCAAUGCCUGGGAGGCAAGUGCUUAAAUACUCCGGGCUCCUACAUGUGCCACUGCUGGCCUGGAUUUGAGCUUUUCAAUGGGACUGUGUGCGAAGAUGUGAAUGAAUGUUUGGACAGUGGGAUUUGCAGCCCCAAUGGUGAAUGCCUGAACAGCCAUGGAUCCUAUUUCUGCAUUUGUGCUCUCGGCUUCUCAAAUGCUGCUGGUGGAGUCAGUUGCCAAGAUGUAGAUGAAUGUGCGGACCAUUCGCGGUGUUUGCGUGGCCAGUGCCUGAAUACAGAAGGGUCUUACAGAUGCUUGUGUCAGACGGGCUUCAAGUAUUCUGAGGAAACUGAUGACUGCAUAGAUGUAGAUGAAUGUGAAGAAUACAGGAAUGCCGUGUGUGGCACGUGGCAAUGCCAGAACACUUUGGGUUCAUAUCGUUGCAUUAUGGGUUGCCCAUUGGGCUUCCAUCGCACACCAUUUGGAGAAUGCAUUGAUAUUGAUGAAUGUGCUAACGAGACGCUGUGUGGAAGCCAUGCCUUCUGUGAUAACACAGAGGGUUCAUUCCGUUGUCUGUGUGACCGUGGCUAUGAAAACUCACCUUCAGGCCAUGACUGCAUUGAUGUAAACGAAUGUGAGCUAAUGGUUGCGGUGUGCGGAACCGCACUCUGUGAGAAUGUAGAAGGAGCCUUCCUGUGCCUGUGUCCCAGUGACCAUGAGGAAUAUGACACAGAAGCUGGAGUAUGUCAACCCCGAUCAGGCAUAGGGGAACCUGGAAGGCCUGUUUCUUUACCUCCUGGUGCCUCGGAACGGAAAGAGUGCUACUACCAUAUCAGCGAUGUCCCACUGUGUGACAGUGUCUUGGCCAACAACACAACCAAGGAGGAAUGCUGCUGCACUGAAGGAGCAGCCUGGGGAGAUACUUGCGAGACUCAUCCUUGUCCUGUCAUGGGCACAGUGGAUUAUAUUGAAAUUUGCCCUAGUGGGAAAGGCUACAUUCCUGUGGAAGGAACUCUGAUCUUUGGACAGACAUCAUACACAGAUGCAGAUGAGUGUGAAAUGUUUGGCCCUGAAGUCUGUCGCAACGGACAUUGUGUGAACACAGUGCCAGGAUAUACGUGCUUUUGUCACACCGGUUAUUUCUUUGACUCCAGCAAGCUUGAGUGUAUUGAUCUCGAUGAGUGUGAGAAUGAAGACACCUGCACAAAUGGCAAAUGCCUCAAUUCCGCUGGCUCAUAUCACUGCUUCUGUAGCCUUCCCCUAGUUCUGGAUGCCACCCGCAACCGCUGUAUCAAUGUGUCCAACAGCGCAGAUGAUGCGGAUGAACAUGACAUUCACCUGGACAUCUGCUGGCAGAGGGUCUCCAACUACAUUUGCAAUCAGCCACUGCUGGGGCAGCGAACCACAUACACUGAAUGCUGCUGCCGUUUCGGGGAAGCCUGGAGUCAUGACUGUGCACUCUGCCCCCCAAGGUCCUCUGAGGACUUUGCUCAACUCUGCAAUGUUGCCAGAGGUGAGGCUGGACUCCAAGAGCGGCCUGGCUAUGAAUAUGGACCAAAUCAGGAAGACCACCAGUAUGGACUCUAUAGCCCUGAUGUGGAGCCCUAUUACAACCAUUUAAGUCUUGAGUACGGUGCCUCUGAUGUCAGCCACUCCAACAGAGACUCAAACACUGAAUUUGGAGAGCGCACAUCCCUACAAGCACCACAGCUUCGCCCUGCACAAACACAGCCGCGCUAUGUGCCUGGCCAUGUUGGGCAACAUAGCAGCUUUGAAGGACUGCGAGCUGAAGAAUGUGGGAUUCUGAAUGGUUGUGAUAACGGGCGCUGUGUGCGAGUGCAGGAGGGCUACACCUGCGACUGCUUUGAUGGUUUCCGGCUAGACUUGAUACGCAUGGCCUGUGUGGACAUUAAUGAAUGCGAGGAGGCAAGUGCCGCCCUGCCCUUGUGUGAGGGCAGCGUCUGCAAGAACACAGAGGGCUCCUACCGUUGCAGCUGCUUGCCCGGGUACAUAGCUUUAGCCGAGCCCCACCGCUGUGUGCUGGAGGCAGCUCAGAGUCCAGAGGCUGCAUGAUUCCAGGGGGCAGUGACUGAACAGAGGCAACCCCUUCAGUCAGAUGCCGCUCGGGGAGCUGGAGGCUCAUCAGUGGACAAGAACUCCUGCAUCAGCUUUAAAGCCUGACCAUUGUUUCCCAAAGUACAAAAACGCAACAUCCUUCUGGGCCAAACUCACAAAGGCCAACGAGGAGCUCUGAAACGUUAAAGCAUCAUCUUCGUGGACCUGCUCAACACAAGCUUACUGCUUCAGCCAUCAGGCACUCAAGAUCCAGGCCCCGCCCCAGUUGCCAUCUGACAGGUUGUUUGUCUUUACCUAUCAUUUUUAAAACCAAUCAGACAUCCUUGUCCUCUGCUCAGUUCCAUUGCAUGGGCUAAUGUGAUGCUCAUAUUUCAUCUCAUCUACCCCUCCUCUGGCCUUUGUAGGAGUUUUGUCCCAUGAGUUAUUCCAAGCCCUAUAUCGACCUGCAGUAUUUCCCUUCCACCCAACUCCUCCAUAUUGUGUAAAAUCCUGUUGCCUUACACAAAACCAUUACAUUCCAUACACCUUACCAUGCCUCCCUCAGAAGCACAGUGUUGGAAGUUGGUCCACCACAGGUGGUCAAGUGACAUAAAUGUGGGACUUUUCCAAUCUUUUGUUAUAUGGACGGCAUCUCACCAUCAACACAGGUAUUGAUAGACUGUGUAUUUUUACCUGCAGUAGCUGAAAACCCCCAAUUCACAGACGUCUCAGGACCUUUGUAAACCUGCCUCCCAAAGCCCUUCUUGCUAGCAAUGCAAGAAACACAGCCUUUCACACCUGAGCCUGGAACAAGCUGCCCAGCUUCAGAGCAUAUGGAUUCUAUUUAUAGUCAGGCAGUAGCUUGAACUCCAAUGGCCUUUUUGGCUUAAGCCCUCUGUUUUCACCCCAGACCUCUACCCGUUGCACUUUCUAUGACUGCUGGAGUAUAAGUUUGGAAAGUGGAAAGGAUUACCACUCGUUAGCUUUGGAAUGUGUUCUACAUGGUGUUUUCUACUAGAAGGAAAAAUACAACAUAACACGAAAUAAAUGGUUUUAUAUAGUGCCUUAUGGCUUACA